AGCUUCAACGGUGCAAUCUGGGAUUUGUUUACAUAUGGAGUGAUGGGUGACAAACUAGGUCGACGGUUUGGUCAUGAGGUGAAAAACUGUGUGCAUACGAAUGACAACGAUAGUUGAGGACAGAUUUGCUGAAGAAAGUCCUACAGAUUUUUUGUGAGCCUGGUGUGAUAUUUGACUCAUGAUGAUGUGGCUGUGUGUCGCGGUGGGGGUGGGGAUUUUGGCCGUCGUUUUUGUCAACUACCCCCUCCCCCCUCUUACCCCUGUCAUGACAGCGUGGAAGAAUGGAGGAGGGUAUUUCAAAUUCAAGACCCAUGAUAUCUUUUACAGAGUGGAAAAGGGAAGUAACCCCGCUGGAGGGCCUGUCCUGACCAUUCACGGGUUCCCUUCAUCUAGUCAUGAUUGGAGCAAGGUGCUUGGAGGUCUGGAGAAGCAGCACAGUGAGGUGGUCCUGUUUGAUAUGAUUGGCUUUGGCCUGAGUGAUAAACCAGUUGAUCAUGAAUACUCUAUCAUGGAACAAGCAGACAUUGCUGAGGAAUUACUGAAGAAACUGAAAAUUACACAAGUCCAUCUUUUGUCACAUGACUAUGGUGAUACAGUGGCACUGGAGUUAUUAGCAAGAUUCAACCAGAAAACGACCAACUUGAAGAUUCUUUCCCUGUGCUUAAGUAAUGGAGGCAUAUUUCCUGAAACCAAUUUCCCUCGACCUUCACAAAAAUUACUGACCAUUCCAUACCUGGGAGCCAUCCUAUGUAGACUCUCCUUCUACAGGGCCUUCAAAAGAGGGUUUGAGGAAGUUUUUGGAGUCAACACACAACCCACAGAAUCUGAAUACAGAGAUUUCUAUUCAGCUAUUCUUCAUAACAGUGGCUACAUCAUUAAUUACAAACUCCUUGGAUACAUAGCAGAAAGAAGUCAACAUAAAGAGAGAUGGGUGGGGAGUCUACAGCAUACUGACAUCCCUGUCCACAUGAUCUACGGUCCAUCCGACCCAGUUAACCCGUCUGUGUUCAUCGGUCACUACAAGAAGACAGUCCCUAAGCAUGGUAUAACUGUUCUGCCAGCCGAGAUUUCACACUACCCCCAAUGGGAGGCCCCAAUGGAGUUCCUAAAAGCUUACACAUCAUUUCAAAAGCAGUUAUCUGUGAAAUAAACGACGAAGGACUCAAGUUUUAAGUUUAUUGAACAGUUCAACAAGUGAAGCACUGAAGGCGUAUAGAUAGUUAUGCAUGCACCAAAUCUGCAUUAUCACAUGCUCUAGGAAACAGAUAACAGAAUGAUGAGCAGCCAGUUACACU